AUGACAUUCAACGACUCUCCUUUUGUCUCCUUUUGCCAGGUUGCUAAGAGGAUUCCCGUCAUGCAUGUUGGCGGUCUUGCUAAAGGAUUCCUUGUCCCCGGAAGAUUGACGACCGGGAUUAAAAAGCUCGCCACACGCCUUGUCGGCCCAAACAAGCUUAUUCAAGCGGCGAUUCCGAAAAUCCUCUCGAUCCCCGUCUCCUGGCACAACGAACAAAAUACGAAACUCGAAGAAGCUGCCGAUCUCUUCUACGACGGAAUCAUGCAAGCUCCUGGACUCAUCCCAAUCAUGCCGUCGGGAGCGAUGUACAUGAUGGUCAAGAUUGAUUUCUCCCGACUGGAGAAUUUCUCCGACGACAUGCAUUUCUGCCAGACACUAGUGUCGGAAAAAUCCGUGUUCGUCCUUCCCGGAAGCUGUUUCGGCUUUCCGAACUUUUUCCGAGUCGUAAUUCGAUCCCCAAGGAAAAAAUUCCAGAAGCUUGUCAACGAAUCGUCGACUUUUGCAACGAUAAUGUGA